UAUACGAGGAUCUCCAAAUAAAUAAGUGAUCUAAUAAAUCGCUCGCCAAGUGUUUGUCAAAAUGCUUCUUCUCAGACAAAUGGCCUUAAGCUCUCCCUCCAUCUCCUUCUCUUGCUCAUCAUCCCCUCCCAUUUCUCGACUCCCAAAGCCCCCACCUUCCAUAACCCCUUCCCUCUCAAACCCUUUUCUCCGAUCCCUUCCUCUCCUUCGCAAUCCCCGAAUCACUCGCUCUCUCACCCCCUUCCGGUCCCCUACUCGAUCCCUCUUCACCGGCAUCGUGGAGGAGAUGGGCGAGGUUCUCCACCUUGGCCCUAAUGAUACCGGCGGCAUUGAGCUCCAAAUCUCGGCGAAGACCGUGCUUUCUGGCGUCCACCUUGGUGAUAGCAUCGCCGUCAAUGGCACUUGCCUCACCGUCUCCUCGUUCGACCCCGAAGCAUCGCACUUCACUGUUGGGCUGUCACCCGAGACCCUCCGCAAGACCUCACUGUUCGGCAUCAGCCCGGGGGAUUCCGUUAAUCUGGAGCGUGCCCUCCAGCCCAUCUCCCGCAUGGGUGGCCACUUCGUUCAGGGCCAUGUUGAUGGCACUGGAGAGAUCGUCUCUAUGGUGCCCGAGGGGGAUUCGCUCUGGGUGAAGGUGCGCGCACCGCCGGAGAUCGUGAGGUAUGUUGUGCCCAAGGGGUUUAUUACAGUGGACGGGACGAGCUUGACGGUUGUCGGGGUGUAUGAUGAGGAAUGCUGCUUUGAUUUCAUGCUGGUGGCAUACACGCAGCAGAAGGUGGUGAUACCGUUGAAGAAGGUGGGGGAGAAGGUGAACUUGGAGGUGGACAUACUUGGUAAGUAUGUGGAGAAGCUGCUGAAGUGUGGCAUUGGUGCCGGGGAGGAUGCUGGCCUUUCUUGAUUGGAGAGGGAUGUUGAAAAGAUCUCCAGCUUUUACGGUCUCAAUAAAAAAGUUGGGUGAUUCUUCCAUUAUUUGUCCAAUAACUCCAAUGAUGAGUUCAGAACUUGCUCGUGUAUCUUGAAACAGCAUUCUCACUUUAUGUAAAUGAAAUAUCCUUUAAUAUAUUUUAAUGGGUUGAACAAAACUCACACUUUGGCAUGUAAUGUAUUAUGCUCUAAGUAUAAAGUGGUCAUGUGGAAGUGGAAUUUGGUUGUGAAAAGGCAAAUUGGAUUUUGUUUUAGAAAAUUCUCAACUCUUAAUUACCCAUUCCUUUUGAUGAAAAUUUUAAACUUGUAACCUCUUCUUCCCCGAAAGAAUAAGAGCAUACAGUAUCUCUACUU